AUUUGGGAGAUGAACAGACAGGAAGUAAAUUACAGCUAAUAACUGGUAAACAUAGAACUGGGAAAUGGACAUGCUGGAGGAGCUUGUUUGCAAUGAACUUUUUUAAUUCCUGGUCUUAAAAAUCCAGUGAUUUUCCUCAUCUUGUAGUAAUCCCAGUUGUGAAGAAUUCACUCUGCUAGCAGUUUGGAAGCUUGAUUUUUUUUUUUUUUCCGGUAAGGAAGUAGGACUGCAUACUGAAGAAGACUGACCAUGACACUGACGGUUCCAGAAUCUUUUGAUGAUGUCACUGUUGCUUUUUCUGAAGAGGAGUGGACAUUGUUAACUAAAAAGGAAAAGGACCUGUACAAAGAAGUGAUGCAACAUAAUUAUGAAACAAUGAUUUCUGUUGGUUACAACAUCCCACUGAAGCAGCUUAUGUUGCUGCUUAAAGGGCAUGAAGAAGCCAGUCAUGUUAACAUCAGAGUUGAAGAAGCUGAGCAGCAAAAGGAUAACCUUCAAGACAUUUCUACCAUUUGCAGGUACACUGAAUCCAAAGAGAACUGGAUCCAGCAUUCAUCAUUUGGGAGAAACCAUGUGUAUCACGGAGCAAAGCAGACGUCAGAAGUUCAAAAAGGUUGUUAUCCUCAUUUCACUUCUAUACAGCAAAAGAGUCUGAAAGAAGAAAGGAACUAUGAAACUUCUAAGUGUGACAAGAGUAUUCCAGUAAAAGAAAGAGUUAUACCACAUCAACAGAUUCAUAAAGUGCCAUAUAAAUGUGCUGACUGCAACAGAAGUUUUUAUAAAAAGUGUAACUUAGUAAUGCAUCGGCGAGUCCACUGGGGUACCAAACCACUUGAAUAUGCUGAAUGCAACAAGACCACUGACCAGAAAAAGCUCUGUGAAGGAUAUCAGCUUGGCUGCGUAGUUAGCAGAUACACUGAGUCCAAAGACAAACAGAGCCAGACACCAUCACUUGAGGAAAACCAGCUGUCUCAAGGUCAAAGAAGAACCCGUGAUCUUCACUUCACUCGUCCGCAGCAACAGUCUCAUAAGGAAGAAAGGAGCCAUGAAUCUUCUCAGUGUGACAAGAGUAUUUCUGUGCAGGAAGGACUUGCAGCACUUCAAAUCCAUAAAGUGCCAUAUAAAUGUGCUGACUGCAACAGAAGUUUCUACAAGAAGUGUAACUUAGUAAUGCAUCGGCGGGUCCACUGGGGUACCAAACCACAUGAAGGUGUUGAAAGUAGCAAGACCAUAGACCACAAACAGUUUUUUGUAGGAUAUCAGCUGAGCCAUGUAGGUGUGAAACCAUGUGCAUAUGAUGACUGUAAUACAGGAUUUUUAUUUUACAAUCAAUUUUUUAUUGUGAAAAAGCAGUUGGAGUGAUACGGAUGUAACCUGUAAGCUCAAAGUAUUACUAAAAGUAGAGCUUAUGUAAAUGUAGCGGAAAACUAUAAAGACAAUAACAGAACUGCACAAUGGUCAUACUUUCCACUUUGUGUGACAAGAUUAAAUAAAUAAUGUACAGUGUUUAUGACAUGAA